AUGUUGUGCGAGGAGGCUGCGAAAUAUGGGUUCGAGAGUUGUUGUGUAAAUGGUAGUGUAUUUUCAAAUUUACACCCUCGGAACGCCUCAAAACCUACCUCACGACUGCAGGACACAGCCUAUGAAGCAUCACAAGCUAUGACCGACGGCGCAUUAGAAACGACGCCGCCUCCUAUCCACCCCGCCCACCUACCGCCAAGUUUACCUCCACCUCAAUAA